AUCUAGAAGACCUCUAGAAUACAUCUUAGGAUGAACUUAUCAAAACAUAAAUAGUUGAUGAAUUAGAUAAAAAUGCAUAAACGGGAUUCGUAGACCAAGCUAGAGGAUUACUCGUUUGGGAAUGCCCGAUCCAAUGUUGAUCAAUCGCUAUAUUGUUGUUGCCUUAACUGACUACAAACUCACCGUGGAACGACUUGGGCGCAUUGCCGGCCUCCCCUACCAAGGCGACGACAUCACCACCUAUGGCGGAGAAGAUUGGGUCCUCAACAACGAGGGCCUAGUCCUCAACGAGCUCGGCAUCACCGAACUCAUUCGCCAUCCCACGGGCCGCCCCACCAUCCACUCCGCGACCCCCGAGACCCGACUCCUUCUCUACAUCGUGUCCCGGAUCAUCAAGCCCCGGAAGCACGGGCACACGAUCAUGUCCAGCGAGGAUCUCAAACUCAUGCACGCCAUCAUGCACUCGGUGCCGAUCAAUUGGGCGGAGUUUGUCACGAUUUACAUGACGGACGCCUCGUCUACCGCCCACGAUCACCUCCUCCCGUACCCCUUCUUGGUGAUGGACAUCUUUGAACGGUUCAAGGUCACCACCACCGUUGGACCGCUCACCAAGGACACAAAGCUUUGGACGAUCAUGGUCCAAACCUUCACCAAGCGGUCAGACAACGCCGCACCUACCACUACCACACGCCGCCGCACUGCCGCUGGCCCAGCCGAACCCCAGGCUCGGGCCAACCUUGCCUCCAUCGCCGACUCCCUCAACCGGCUGCACUUCAAAGUCGACGGGAUGGGCAGGUACCUUGAAUGGCUCGACGAGGCUGUUCAACGCCAAGGGCACACCAUGAACGCGUACUUCCAAUGCGUCAACUACGUCCCCCCACCGUACCAAGGCACGUUUCUUGGGCAGGUGUACGGUGAUGAGGAUGAAGAAGAUGCCUCCUAUGCCCCGUCAAGCUCCCCGGAUGAGGAUGAGUUCGAUGACGCCAUUGACGGUGAUGAGGUGGACGUCGACGAGGACGAGGAGGAAACCGAAGACGAAGACUAGGCCGCCCCUAAACUUUCUCUCUCUUUUUAAUUAUUCAAUUGUCAUGUGUUUUAAGUUGCUUCCGUUGUUCUUCGCUCUUUCCCAAUUCAAAUAAAUAAAAGUUAUCUUUAAUCUUUUUGUUAAUGUCAAAAGGGGGAAGAAAAGGGCUAUGCAUAU